CAAACAGCCGCCAUUCUUGUCGCUUGGCGCCCUUUUGUCCACGCCACGAAUUCAUUUUGCUUCUAAAUUCAGCUUCUCCAUGCAAACAUUAAUUAAAACUAGUAAAUCAUAUUUUCCAUCUCGAAGUAUCGAAUAAAAAACCCUAGAAAUUUGCAUCAAUUUUUAAUACGAAAAAACAAAAAUUGAUGGUUGGAUCAUCAUCAACAAAACAAGGGCUGUCUUCAUGGAUUGGGGCAGCUACUGCAACAAGAACCUCCGUUGAAUUUGACAAAAACGUUGCCGUUUCUGGUGGGGACUCGCCUUCACAUUCCGAUAACUUUACAGAUGUCAAUAUGGGAUUCGGAGACAGGGCUAUGUCCGCCGCCGGUGCUGCUGUUCUCUCCGCCAUACUCGUCAACCCUCUCGAUGUUGCCAAGACAAGGUUGCAAGCUCAGGCUGCUGGUGUCCCUUAUGACAGCCUGUGUAAUUUGGGACAUCUUAAUUCUAAUACAGUGCUGACAGGUGUGAAGUACAACUCCGCAGGCACUCGUGCUGUUCUUGGUGCUGAACCAACAUGUUCUCCAGAGUGUUUUCGAUAUAAAGGAACGCUUGAUGUCUUUUAUAAAGUAAUUCGUCAGGAAGGAUUUACCAAACUGUGGAGAGGCACUAAUGCAAGUCUAACAUUGGCAAUCCCUUCUGUGGCGAUAUAUUUGCCUCUUUAUGACAUUUUUCGCAACACUAUAGAAGAGUAUACAUUAUGUAAUAUACCAAUUGCUACAGCAUAUGUCCCCUUGGUAGCAGGUUCCUUAGCACGUUCCAUUGCUUGCAUCACUUGCUAUCCAGUUGAGCUUGCAAGAACACGUAUGCAGGCCUUCAAAGACACAAAAAAUGGUGUGAAGCCCCCAGGAGUGUGGAAGACGUUAGUUGGGGUUGUUUCUCCAGUCAAUAGUGUAAACAGCUUUCAAAAUUCAAUACAAUCCUACCGCCUCCUCUGGACCGGUCUGGGGGCACAACUAGCUCGUGAUGUUCCUUUCUCUGCAAUUUGCUGGUCUACUCUUGAACCAGUUAGGAGGAAGCUACUAGGCAUGGUGGGAGAUGAAGCAAGCGCAACGACUGUCUUUGGUGCAAACUUUUCUGCUGGAUUUGUUGCAGGAAUUCUUGCAGCUUCUGCUACAUGUCCCUUAGAUGUUGCAAGAACUAGGAGACAAAUAGAGAAUGAUCCUGAACGAGCACUGAGAAUGACCACAAGACAAACAUUGGUUGAGAUAUGGAGGGAUGGGGGAUUUAAGGGGUUCUUUGCUGGAGUUGGCCCUCGAGUUGCCCGAGCUGGACCUUCAGUUGGGAUCGUUGUUUCCUUCUAUGAGGUGGUAAAAUAUUGUUUGAGCCAUAGGCACAUGCAUCAGCAGAACGAAGGUGCUGAUCUAUAGCAUUGUGAUCUAUCUUCCAAGCCAAUGAGACAAGUGAUAUUAGCAUAACUUCUACCAAUAAGAAGCUGAAGAUCUAACAGAUGGAUGAUAUUCGAUGAAAUGUAAUCUCCUGAAGACCCGACAGUUGCAGCGAUUUCAUCACAGGGGUACUUCGUUGGCGAAUUUUGCCUGCGAGGCUUGAAAGCUAAUCAAGCUAGUGGAGAAGUUUCUCCAGUGAUGACGCUGUAUGUCUGAUUAAUAAAUAGGCAGCCAGUUAUGCCUUUGUAAAUUCAAAACCAUUGUCCUACAGCAACUAUUGUCUUACGUACAGAUUCAUAAAAAGAAAAAAGCAACUGUACUGUACUCUGUGUAUUUCAUAAACUUUAGAAAGUUUAAUUAAAUAAACUAGGAUUAUGUGUUGAAUGGAA